GAAAUCUCUUCGGAUAACUCCAAGUCUCCCACAAAUCCAAAAGAAAAACUCUCACGAAAGAAACCUUCUUCCUAUGCCAACGCCGCUAGAUAUGCCUUGGGCAAACCAACUUACAAUAUCGCAAAAGACUCUGGUAUCUUUCUUCAAACAGACAGUGACUUUCCUCUCAUAUAUGAUAUUUCGCAACUCCAACUCAUCCCGGACAACCAACUUAUUUCCUCUUCUCAUCUUCAAUUUGGCGCUGACGCGUUCGGUGCCAAGCUAAAAUACAUUCAUGGCAAACGUACCUAUCUAGAAGUUGCUUUUGCUUCUGAAGAAUCUCAACUGAAAUGGGAAGAUAAAAUUCUCGUUAUAGCUGGCAAGAACUUGAAAGCUCAAAGAGCUUUCUCUAACCAAAAAACUUUCUUCUCUAUCACUCUUUCCGGGGUUCCUCUCAGCCAAAGUGAUGAAAUUACCUCUACUAUCAAAGAAACCUUCGAUAAAAUAGGAAAAGUAGCCGUUAUCAAACCCAAACUCUGGGAAGGCACUUCUCUCUGUUCAGACAAGUGGUCGGUUACCUUCGACACUACAAGCCAAGAAGAUCAACUCACCUUCUGUACCAAGAUCCCUAGAUCUAUCAAAAUCAAGUCCUCCAAUGUCUUCGUAACCUGGAAAGCUGCUCCUCCUUUCUGCACUUUCUGCGGCAAAUCAGGUCACAAAAGAAGUGACUGUAAGGAUCUUCGAAAUGCCAACAUCUCU